AUGUCGUCAGACUACACAUAUGAUGAGCAGGGACAAUUCUUCCCCUUCUUCAUCCUCACCUUGACCGGCUUGGUCACUCUCCCUCUCACCUAUAACCUCCUACGACCUAGCAAAGAGCUCGAGAAUACGGCUCCCCGCAUCAAGUCCGAUUUCAAGCCUAAACAUGCAGAUCUCAUCGAUGCGCAGAAGCGCAAGCGCUUGCGCAAAGAGCGCCGAAUCAAGCGUAUUGUCACUGUCAUCGUAGGAUAUGCCAUGAUGGCAUGGAUGGUAUAUUUGAUUACUGUCACCGCCAGGACAACGACGAAGGCAUACGACCCUUAUGAUAUCUUGGGUGUCUCGAGGAGCGCAGAUGAGAAAGCUAUCUCCAGGCAUUAUAAGCGCAUGUCUUUGAUCUAUCACCCCGAUAAGAUUCGCCCUGACCCCGCCAAAAAUGAAACGAUGGACACGCUCAAUGAGCGUUUCGUGGAGCUCACCAAGGCCUACAAAGCCCUCACCGACGAGGAGAUCCGAAACAACUACCUUCAAUAUGGCCACCCCGAUGGCAAGCAAAGCUUCAGCAUCGGCAUCGCCCUUCCCAAGUUCAUUGUCAUGGAUGGCAAUGGCAAAUAUGUUCUGAUGGUCUACGGUGCCCUUCUGGGUGUCCUUCUCCCGUAUAUAGUCGGCAAGUGGUGGUAUGGAUCGCAGCGUUAUACGAAGGAGCGUGUGCUGGUUGCCAGUGCCGGUAAUAUCUUCCGCGAGUACAAGGAGGAUAUCACUGAAGGUGGCAUUAUCGGCGCUUUGUCGUCCGGCGAAGAGUUCAAGGAUAUGCUCAAGGGUGCUAAAUCCGAGUCUGGGUUGAACAAGCUCGAGAGGCAGGUAUUGGCGGAUGACAACUCGUUCCUUGCUGCCAAGGAUCGUGAGGUUCUGAAGCAGUUGGACAGCUCCUCCCGCCGCAAGGCUUUGGCUUUAUUGUGGGCUUAUCUAGGUCGGGUCGACCUUGGCGACGCCUCUCUCGAUGCUGAAAAAUAUGAAGCCGCUCCUGUUGCCCUGUCUCUCACCGAAGCUUUCACCGCUAUCGCUCUCGCAUUUGGUAACCUCGGACCGAUCGUCGGUGCUUUCAAAACGUCUCAGAAUCUCAUUCAGGCUGUGGCCCCCGGCUCAUCACCACUACUACAACUUCCCAACUUCACCGACGCUGUUGUCAAGUCCGUGGAGGGGGAAGAUGCCAAGGAACACCUCACCGUUCAAAAGUACAUGGAACUACCAGAGGCUCAGCGGCGCAAGCUGGCUGUGGGCGCUGGUCUCUCUGAUAAGCAAUACACCGAUGCCAUUUCCGUUGCCAAAGAACUUCCCGUCCUGCAACCCGAGCGGAUCUUCUUCAAGGUCAUGGGCGAGAAGGUGAUCACUCCCAGCAGUCUGGUACAGCUGGUGGUCAAGGCUCGGUUCAUUCCGCCCGGUAGCACAUCCGUCCCGCCAGUGAAUGAGCUUGAUCUAGAGGAUGUUGACCCCGACGAGGACGACCUCGAAGCCCUGAUGGGCCGCAAGCCGGCCAAAAACAUCGCUACCAAGAUGGUCGACGGCAAGAAGGUCGAGACUAAGAUCGAGACCGUCCAGCCGCCUCUGGCUCACGCACCCUACCUAGCCCGCGACCACUCCCCGCGCUGGAACAUCUUCCUAGCAGAUGCCAAGCAGGGCAAGAUGGCCGUGCCGCCGUUUACGUUUACGACAUUUGACAAGCCUAUCUUCGACGAGGCCGGAAAGCCCACAUUCAACGUCCAGACCCUUAAGAUGCAGUUCCAGGCUCCCCCGCAGGUUGGCGACUUCACUUUCGUCCUCCACAUGCUCUGUGACAGCUACCUGGGUCUCGACAACACUGCACAAAUCACCCUGCACAUUGAUGACCCCGCCAAGGCAGCCGCUGUGGAAGAAGAGGACGACAUCAGCGAGCCAGACGAGGAUUCCAUCGCCGGGCAAAUGCAAGCCAUGAAGACAGGCCAAGCACCCAAGAAGAAAACAGUCAAGGAUUCCGACGACUCCAGCGAGAGUGAUACCGACGGCGACGCGGGCGAUACCAGCGACACUAACACGGAAACGGAAGACGAGGAUUGA